AAUUCCUUGCCCCUUGUUGCUACUGUUUUCCUACUUACUUCUACUUAAAUGGAUAAAGAGAACGUAAAUUCUAAAGCAACAGAUUUGGACGACUCAAUUUUAGUGAAUGGAGCCUGUUCCCAAGUUGGAUACUAUACAAUGCCUGGACACAACCUAAGUGGAAUAUUCUGUUAGACUCAUAGUUGAUAGGAUUUUAUUUUUAGCUCAGAAUUCCGGAAACUAUAUGAGUACUCUCCUAUAUUGGUAGUAUGAAUAAAAAUUGGCUCAAUUUUCCCGGAAUGCACUUGACAAAAAGUAUACGGAGGCUUAAACAUAAAGUGUGUACCCUCUGAUGUAGCAAUUCCAUAUCCUAAGAAAUAAGCGGGUACAAAUAUGAACACUCAUUGUAGCCUUAUUUACAAUUGCAAAAAAUAGGAAAUAUCCUGUAUGUCUAACAUUGGGAACUGACUAAAUAAAUGGCAUCUCCGAUCAAUAGACCAUUAUACAUCCAUUUAAGAAACAUGUUGGAAGAACAUCUAAUAGCAUGAGAAAUCUUACUCUUUAAGUUAGUAAAAGGAUAAUAAAGCAUGUUUUGGGAUAAAAGCUAUGCACAUAGGCAUUUCAAAAGGAUUACAUGGAGGUGACCUUUCUGAGUCAUUGGCUGUGUGGGUUGGGGUCACCUGAGCCAGGGGUUUUGUGCUGAGAUGCUUCAAAGCCUUGUUAAAAAUGUUUGGAUCCCUGUGAAGGCCUACUAUACCCAAGUUUACCAGGAGAUUUGUGUAGGAGCGGGGUUAAUGGGCUUCACCGUUUAUAAAAUCAGGACUGCUGAUAAAAGAAGGAAAGCUUUGAAAGCUUUGAGUCCUGCACCUGCUCAUGGUCAUCAUUAAUCAGCUUAAUUGGAACAUCAGUAUCAGCAAGCUCUGUUAGAUGGGAACGUGGAGCAUCGCUGUACCUUGUAGACGUGUUGUUUCCUUUGUGGCAUGAAUAAAUGUAACUCUGAGGUACACCAAAAAAAAGGGAUCACAUGGAAAUAGACUAAAAUGUUCCCAUCAUUUAUGGUUGCUAUAAAUAUAUUUAGAAUAUUUAUGGUCGCUUCUUAUUUUCUGCUCUUUGGGAUUUUCCAAAUUUUCUACAGUGAAUGUGUGUCACUUUUGUAAUCAGAAAAUAAUAAUAAAUAAUAAUAAUGAUAUUUUAAAAUAAAAAGCUUUUUAAUCGACAUACUGUCUUGAAGUCUCUGUAAGUUUAUUGAGAUAAUGAGAAACAGAGGAGAACAA